CUUUGACGAUUUCAAUAACAUAAGCCUCUGAUUUAGGGUUUUUGCAAGCACCUAUUUUUAACUGCCAACUGCUUCGCUUCCUGGGAUCUUACCACCUUCGCUUCGACUGCGAAACGAUUGACAGGCCGCCUGUCGGCACACUAUCCAGUAAGAACGGUCAGAGAUAUGGCUGGUGGUGAAUCAAAGAGGUCCAAUGCAAAUGCAGGGGGGAAAAAGAAGGAUGUGAAGAAGGAGACUGGGUUAGGUCUCUCCAACAAGAAGGAUGAGAACUUUGGGGAGUGGUAUUCGGAGGUUGUUGUGAGUGGCGAGAUGAUUGAAUACUAUGAUAUAUCUGGCUGUUAUAUCUUGAGGCCUUGGGCAAUGGCUAUUUGGGAGAUCAUGCAAGGAUUUUUUGAUGCAGAGAUCAAGAAAAUGAAAAUUAAAAACUGCUAUUUCCCUCUUUUUGUCUCUCCUGGUGUUUUACAAAGGGAGAAGGACCACAUAGAGGGUUUUGCUCCAGAGGUCGCUUGGGUGACUAAAUCAGGGGAAUCUGAUUUGGAAGUGCCUAUUGCAAUCCGGCCAACUAGUGAGACUGUCAUGUACCCAUGCUAUUCAAAAUGGAUAAGAGGACACAGAGACUUGCCUUUGAAACUCAAUCAGUGGUGCAAUGUUGUGCGAUGGGAGUUCAGCCAUCCAACUCCAUUUAUCAGGAGUCGCGAGUUUCUUUGGCAGGAAGGUCAUACUGCUUUUGCAACAAAAGAAGAGGCAGAUGCAGAGGUUCUUGAUAUAUUGGAACUCUACAGACGUAUAUAUGAAGAAUAUUUAGCUGUCCCAGUCAUAAAGGGAAAGAAAAGUGAGCUGGAAAAGUUUGCUGGUGGUUAUUACACGACGACUGUUGAGGCAUUCAUUCCCGACACUGGUCGUGGUAUACAAGGAGCAACUUCGCAUUGCCUGGGCCAGAAUUUCGCCAAAAUGUUUGAGAUUAAUUUUGAGAAUGAAAAGGGGGAGAAGGCCUUGGUUUGGCAGAACUCAUGGGCCUAUACUACAAGAACAAUUGGAGUGAUGAUCAUGGUUCAUGGUGAUGACAAGGGGUUGGUUCUCCCUCCUAAGGUGUCAUCUGUGCAAGUGAUUGUUGUUCCUGUUCCAUACAAGGAUGCCGAUACUCAAGGAAUAUUCGAUGCCUGUACUGCCACAGCGAAUACCUUUGGUGAGGCUGGGAUCCGAGCUGAGGUAGACUUAAGAGAUAACUAUUCACCUGGUUGGAAGUACUCCCAUUGGGAAAUGAAAGGAGUACCCCUGAGGAUUGAAAUUGGUCCAAAGGAUUUCGCAAAGAAUCAAGUACGUGCAGUUCGCCGUGACAAUUCUGCAAAAAGUGAUAUACCACAAGCCAGCUUAGUUGAGCAAGUUAAGAAAAUCCUAGCUGACAUACAGCAAAGCCUGUUCGAUGCUGCAAAACAAAAGCGAGAUGCUUGCAUUCAGAUUGUGAAGACUUGGGAUGAAUUCAUCGAUGCACUUGGCAAAAAGAAAAUGAUUCUAGCCCCUUGGUGUGAUGAGGAGGAGGUAGAGAAAGAUGUGAAAGCACGGACAAAGGGCGAAAUGGGGGCCGUCAAGACACUUUGUUCCCCAUUCGAUCAGCCUGAACUUCCCAAAGGUACAAAAUGCUUUGCUUCGGGAAAGCCAGCAAAAAAAUGGUCCUACUGGGGCAGAAGUUACUAGGCCUUGUCGAUCACCUAGUUUUGGUAUCUCAACUGUGUCUCAGAAUUGUUUGUCUUCGCAAGGAAGUAAUUUAAGUCUUUCUUCUUCAUGUGAUAGCCUUAUUGGAAUGCUCAUUUGUUAAUCAGAAGUGAAAACAUUUGUACUCAUUUUUCCAUGUUGAUAAUGUCUUUGGAAAGUGGCCUUAAUAUACUUCAACAUCUUAAACGAAUUACUCUAGUGUAUACUUUCAAGCAUUGAGAGAUGCGGUUGUGUUUUCUUUUUUCUUCAUGUCUGCUAAUGAACAUUCUGUUGUAAUUCUAAGUGACUAUUUUGUUA